GCUGAAUCGAUUGAUUUAUGUCCAAUUAGAUUGAAUUCAUUUGGAUCCCUCAACACCGCAAUCUCUCCCAACCGAACGAUAUGAGCAGCAAAGCACCUGUCGCUGCCGCCGCCGCUCCCCCUGCUGCUCCUGCCGCCACGAAUGCCGAGGCAAAGCAAGUCAUCCACAUCGUUGAAGAAGAUGACGAGUUUGAAGAAUUCGAAGAACACUCGUGGGGUGCUGCCCAAGAAGAAAAGGAAAGCCAAAUCAAGCUCCAGUGGCAAGACGAUUGGGACGUCGACGAGGCUGACGACGACUUUUGCAACCAACUGCGCCAGGAAUUGUCCAAGAACGCUUAGGUUGCCGUAAUCCUAGCUAUCUAACGCUUAUGCAUGCCCUUUGAUAUGACCAUA